GUCGACUUCCGCAUUUUUUCUCCAGUGAAGCAUGGCUGGAGAACCGUGGAACAGGGUCAACAUUGCCUUUCCCGGUGCUGUUUCUUGUGUUCGUGUUCAUUUCAACUCAACCACAGAUGCAUGUGUUAAAUCGCUGUUGGUGAAAAAUGCGAAGGUGCUUCAGCUUCUUCGCAGUGAGAUUCUUCAGACGGAGGUACGAGUUCUCUACGAGCUGCUGUACAUCCUAAAUAACAGCUACAGAGGCAACAAGACGUUCAAAGGCUUAAAGCAGGUUGAACAAUGCAUAAACAGGCUGAAGAACAUGAAGCUUGAUGUUGCUCUUCAGGAGCUGACAGAGCUGUGUCCCAACAGAAUUCAGAGAGGGCUGAGUAUCACGGCUGGUGUGUGUGAGCUCCCCAGUCAGCCCAUGCUGGAGUGGCUCUGUCUCAAAGUGCUGGGAGCCGCAAAGCUGAUGAGCUGCACGUUGAAUCGCUGCAGUAGAACUUUCUCACUAACAAAGCAGCAGAUGAAAUGGGAGGAGUUCAUCAUCUUGAAUAUGGUGAUCACCAGCCUGCUCAGUCGCCUCUGGGUGAUCUCCAGAGGGAUCCUGGUCAGCCUGUCCUCUCUGUACCAGCAGCUCCUGGAGCUCCUCAGACCUGUAGCCGACGCCCAGCCCAUGCCCUUCCUCACAGACUUCCCCCUGCCAGCAGAUAUGCUUCAGUUCCUGGGUCCUUCUGAUGCCUUAUUACUGACCAAACUAGCAAAGGCCAAAGUAAUCAAGAAGAAGAAGAAGGAGCAGCAGCAGCAGAAAGACAAGAAUCAGGGAGCGGCGAGAAAGGUCAAAGAAGAUGUGGGUGUUACUGUUGAAAGAGCAAUAUGUCUGGAUGCGGGCAUGAAGCCUUUUCUCAAGGUUUUCAGGGACUUCACAGAGGGCAAAUCCUUCGAACAGAAAACGCACAAGGCUGACCGUAAACUAAAGUUCAAGAAACAAAUGGGAGAGGCUGCUUCUUUCACAGACAUGGCGUCCCAUCUCGAAGAAAUGACCCCAUGGUGUGAAUCCCAGAAGAUGGAAAAGGAAAAGCGCUUUUUAAACUUCCUGCAUUUAAAGUGCCAGAGGAUGAAAUGCCUAGAGGCAGCCGGUUACAGCGUCCAGAAGAGGUUACACACCUUCAGACAGGAAGCUUGCUGGGCUUUAUGUCCACAAGGCUCAGUGCCUAAAAGCUGUCGAUCCUACGCUGCAACGCGUAGACACAACCGCCUGAGAACCCAUUUCCAGUCCCUCAGGAGUCGAAUCAAGUCUUCAACUUUGAGAACUGGUGUGAAGAAGACACAGCUGAAGAGACAAAGGAAGAGGAAGAGGACUGAGUCAGGACCGUCAGUGAACGACCGAAAAAACCGGACUAUGGGCAAUUUGUCCCCGGCAUUACAGACCAGCGCCUGUGACGAUGACAUCGAUGAUAUAUUUGCCUCUGUAGGUUUUUGACACUUUGGAAACAGACACAUCCAAGAACACAAAAGACUAUCGAGCUGAGCUUAGUAUACACAUGCUUCUGUUUUUAGAAGAAAGAUGAUUUCAUGUGUAAUGAAGGCGGAUGCCUUUAUGAAAGGUGCUACACAGCAGCAGUUACUUUUAAAAGGAACUAAAAUGUAUGAAGUUGUAUUUCUUUUGUUGGUUUUCAAGCCUUAAUGGAUAGAACAGUAGAGGCAAACAGGAAACCGAGGAGACAGAUAGGAAAAAGGUAAUUAUUUUAGACUGAGGUGUUUUUAUGGCUGAAACCUUCCCUUCAGUUUUAAAUCAGAUUUUGAGCCAUAUUACCAUUUUACAUGAGAAAAAUCUGUACUUCAGUGCAGGACAAUUAUGAAAAGGAAAUGUUAUGCUCCUGGUAAAAUGCUCCAAGUCUCGCAUUGGUUGCCUUUGGCAAAGGUACUACUUAUUUCAAAUGAGAACAAAAAUAUUCAUAGAGCAACUUUUUCACAAUACAUAGGCUGUCCGGACAAGAUAUUCAUUACUGUUCUGUUGUCACGUUUAUACAUUAAAAACACUGUCAACUAUAACUCAA